AAAUAUAAGACAUCAAUAAGUAACAUGUGGCAAACAAAUUUUGCUUCAAUAAUUGGCACCGAAAUCAUAGCUAGCCGAUGAUAUGAUGCAGGCUCUCUCACCGGAAAAUGAUCAUCCGAUGCCGCUGGCUCGCCGCCGGCUAACGAAGCUGUUGCUAAGUGUAACGGUUCAGGGAAGUGCUGGAAAAGUUCAGGUAAUUAUGUCGCUGGAAAACACGGUUGAAGACUUAAUAAAGGCUGUGUUAGAAGUGUAUGAGAAAGAGAAGAGAAGGCCUUUGUUGAGUGAGAAUCAUCCUAGCUGCUUUGAGCUUCAUUACUCUCCCUUUUGUCUCCAGAGCUUGAAAGUGGAGGAGAAACUUAUAAAUUUGGGAUCAAGGAAUUUCUUCUUGUGCCAUAAGCCAGUUAGCACAUAUCUUGGAGGAACAUGCUUGAAGAAGAUAGACAAAUCCCAAUUCCCAUUAGUUAGGCUCAUGGACUUCUUCCAACAAAUUAUGAGAUCAUUGUAUCAUAUUGUAACAAAGGCAUAACUAAGUUUUAUAUCUUAGCUGGCAUAAUUAGUACUUAGCUCUCUAGAGAUAAUGUAUAACUAUUGAUUCGUCAUGUGAUUCGAACAGUGUCAUAAAACAUUACAUGUAAUUUGAAAUUGAAUAAGUAUCUAAAUAUAGUGAAAUAAAAGUUCUUAUUACGAA